AGAGACACAGACUGACGAUCAGAUUCACCUUCACACCAAACUAACAACUUCCUCUGAGUGAGUUCAGCUACAGGAGAGAAAAGUGGAAACUCCAACACUGCUGCUUCAACCUGCUGACACUCCACACACUGAAGCUUCACUCAGAGACUAAAUGGCUUCCAGAUCAGAAGAGGAUCUCUGCUGUCCGGUCUGUCAGGACGUCUUUAGACAUCCUGUUGUUCUGUCAUGUAGCCACAGCUUCUGUAAAGACUGUCUGAAGAGCUGGUGGAAAGAGAAACCGAAACAGGAGUGUCCAGUUUGUAAGAGAAGAUCUUCAAGAGAACCACCUUUAAACCUGGCGUUGAAGAACCUGUGUGAGGCCUUCUUAUUGGAGAGAGAUCAGAGAGCUUCAGAGGCUCUCUGCAGUCUGCACUCUGAGAAACUCAGACUCUUCUGUCUGGACCAUCAGCAGCCAGUGUGUCUCGUCUGCAGAGAUUCAGAAAAACACACCAAGCACAGAUUCAGACCCGUCGAUGAAGCUGCACGACAACACAAGAAGGAAGUUGAGGAAACUCUGGAGCCCUUAAAGGAGAAGUUAAAGGUUUGUGAACAAGUUAAAGUGAAGUGUGAACAAACAGCACAACACAUGAAGGUCCAGGCCCGACGCACAGAGAGGCAGAUUAAGGAGCAGUUUAAGAAGCUUCACCAGUUUCUAGAAGAGGAAGAGGAGGCCAGGAUGGCUGCACUGAGGGAGGAAGAGGAGCAGAAGAGUCAGAUGAUGAAGGAGAAGAUGGAGGCUCUGAGCAGAGAGAUAGCAGCUCUUUCAGACACAGUCAGAGCCACAGAGGGAGAGCUGAAGAGAGCUGAGAGCUCAUUCCUGCUCAACUACAAGGCUGCAGUGGACAGAGUCCAGCAGCGCCCCCUGCUGGAUGAUCCACAGCUGCUCUCAGGAGCUCUGAUAGACGAGGCCAAACACCUGGGCAACCUGACCUUCAACAUCUGGAACAAGAUGAAGGACAUGGUCUCCUACACUCCUGUGAUCCUGGAUCCAAACACUGCUAGUCCAUAUCUCAUCCUGUCUGAAGAUCUGACCAGUGUGAGAGGAGCAGAGGAGGAGCAGCAGCUUCCUGAUAAUCCAGAGAGGUUUGAUCACCACUGGUCUUCUCGCGCCUCUGAGGGCUUUAACUCAGGGACUCACAGCUGGGAUGUCGAGGUUGGAGACAGUACAGGGUGGGGCCUGGGUGUGCUAGCAGAGUCUGUCCAGGGGAGGGGACACAUGCGGUCUAAAUUAUGGGGAAUACGGAUCUUUAACGGUGAAUACUCAGCAUGGUCACCACCGGAUUUAUCAACUGAUCUUCAUCAUCAGAAGAAGCUCCAGAGGAUCAGAGUGAAUCUGGACUGGAACAGAGGAAAGCUGUCGUUCUCUGAUCCUGAUACUAACACACACAUACACACCUUCACACACACUUUCACUGAUAGGAUGUUUCCAUACAUUAGCUGUUUGGAUAAAGUGAAGAUAUUACCACUGAAGAUCUCUGUGACAGGUAAACUGAGCAGUUAGAGAUGAAGAGGAUGAUUAUAUCCAUGAUGUUGUUUAUUCCUUUAGAAAAAUCACUGAAUUGAAUCCACUGAGCUGCACCUGUCCUGCUGUCUCAUUAUUCCAAAGAUAUGUUUAUUUUGUUUCAGUCAUUGUUUUUAUUUUAUUUUUGUUGUUAUUAAGUUCAACAAUCUGAUUUUGUUUCUGUAUUUUGAAAUUUCAAAUGUAAAAUGAUGUCAUUUCGUAACUGAUUGUCACUGCUCCGUCUCUCAUUUCAAGAGUUUUGAAAUGAAAUGUUCACUGAUGCAGAAGAACAUGAGCAUGUAAACAAGACAAAAUAUAGGUGUAUUAAAUAUGCAUGACGUAAAUAAAGGGAAGAAACAUUAA